AUGAAUAAUCUUUCAUUUAGCGAGCUAUGUUGCCUCUUCUGUUGUCCACCUUGCCCAGGAAAAAUUGCUUCAAAGUUAGCAUUUUUGCCACCUGACCCAACAUACACUCUGAUGUGUGAUGAAAGUGGAAGCCGCUGGACUUUACACCUGUCAGAAAGAGCGGACUGGCAAUACUCUUCCAGAGAAAAAGAUGCUAUUGAGUGUUUCAUGACGAGAACCAGUAAAGGCAAUAGAAUCGCUUGUAUGUUUGUGCGUUGUUCACCCAGUGCUAAAUAUACCUUACUCUUCUCACAUGGAAAUGCUGUUGAUCUUGGUCAGAUGAGCAGCUUUUAUAUAGGUCUGGGGUCCCGGAUUAACUGUAAUAUAUUCUCAUACGAUUAUUCUGGAUACGGUGCUAGUUCUGGAAAACCAACAGAGAAGAACCUAUAUGCAGAUGUUGAAGCUGCCUGGCUGGCUCUUCGGACAAGAUACGGCAUCCGCCCUGAAAAUGUGAUUAUUUAUGGCCAGAGCAUAGGAACAGUACCAUCUGUGGAUCUUGCUGCUCGGUAUGAGAGUGCUGCUGUUAUUCUUCAUUCUCCUUUGACCUCAGGAAUGCGAGUUGCUUUCCCUGAUACCAAGAAGACCUACUGUUUUGAUGCGUUCCCAAAUAUUGACAAAAUCUCUAAGAUAACCUCUCCAGUAUUAAUAAUUCAUGGGACUGAAGAUGAAGUCAUUGACUUUUCGCAUGGCCUCGCAUUAUUUGAGCGUUGCCAAAGACCUGUGGAGCCUCUGUGGGUUGAAGGGGCAGGACACAAUGACGUGGAGCUUUACGGACAAUAUCUUGAGAGGUUAAAACAGUUUGUGUCACAGGAACUGGUAAAUUUGUAAACUACUCUGUAAAUUUGCAUACUGGGUUUUCUUUUCUUGCUGAACUGCACUCCUUGGUAAAUAACUUAAAACCUGAAGGUUUUGUUUACAAAUCAUGUAUGUUGCCUUCAUAACUGUACAGGUAAUGAUUUGUUAACAGACUUAAUGAAGGUUUUAAUUACCAGAACUAGAAACUGGAAAUAGCAGUAUCAUGCAGUCAGGCUGUGUAAUUUAUAUUUUUUUCUGUGAAUUUUUUUUAAACAUCAAGAUGAGUACUGUAUGAAAUUUUAAUUCUUUAAAAUCAAAUGCUGUAAAAGUAUUGCCAAAUGCUUUUGCAUAUCAAAAGCAAGUUUAUAAAUAUUUUUAAACAUCUCAAAUGUACUAAAUAUCCUGGUAUACAAAUGUAAUAUUCUUUCAAAAAGCUGUAUAUCUAAAGUAAUUCAAGUACUCAGAAUAAACUGUAAAAACUAAAACUGUAUGAAAACACCCAAGUUAACCAGAGUUGACCUGACCUAUACUCUGUUGUACAGAGAUAGAGGCUUAAAUGGUUAUUUUACUGUAAAAAUACAUUGACUUUUCUGUAGUCUCCUAUUAUAGUACAUGAUCCUUUUAAAAAAAAAUGAAGUCUUAAUUUUUAUGCCAUCUGUUAACUUACCAGCUGUUCAUCGUGUAAAUGAGAAGUCCUGAUGGCGCUGAAUUUUAGCUAGUUUUGACUUAUGUUUGGUACUGUGAGACAACUACUUAAGAUUUUCGUUCAGUUAUUUAAAAGACAUUUAGGGCUUCAAGAAUGAUUUUGUAUGCAAUGUUGUUUUAAAUUUUGACUAAUUAGAAUUGUAGUAGUCUUCCUUAUAUGAAUACUUGAAACUCCAUUAGUUGUUCUUCAAGACUACAGACAGACUGGCUGUUUGGUCCCUUUCCACCUUCACUGUUUUUAAGAGUAGGGCCUGUUCUUUUGGGUUACUAUUUGAGAAUGUCAUGGGUUCACUCCUGAAUACAGUGGAUAAGAAAACAUGUCUUACAUUUUAUAUUAACAAGUAGAGUAAAAAAUAAAUAAAGCUCACACACAAAAACUAAGUUGCCUUUCCUUGAAUGAAUCUUGCCUGAAUAAAUGAAAGUAAAAUAAAAAUUAAACUAAUGGUAUGUAGUCUAAUUUGUAAUGAAUGAGAAUUGAAAUAAUACACACUGUGGAUAUGUUUUUAAGGCCUUAUGUAGUUUUAAUUGUUCUGCUUGUUCUGUGGUUAUGUCUAAGACUAUAGUAUAUGAUUCUUCAAAGUAUAUCAAGUAUUGUGAAUGCUUUGGUUCCGAUAUGUCAAAUUAACAGUAAAACAGCAAAUGUAUCA